UAUUAUUAUUAUAUGGUUCUAUAUAGAUUUAUUAAUGUCGUUUUUCAAGCUCUAGUUUUGCUCUCGGUAAAUAUAUCUAUAAUUCCUAUUGAUUAUUACACCCCGAUGUACAAUUACAGAGACCAGAAAUGUUGUCUGAACCUUGUUCAACAAGAUAUUGAAGAUCUGGAGAAUAAAGUUAAAAUGAAGAUGACUAGAACAGAUAUUGGAGGAAUAAGACGGGAUAGUGGAUACUCACCAGCUAAAGAUGAUUCCUUGAGAAUAUUCUCACCAUCAGUAAAGGAUGAUACUCCAGAUAGUGGAGAUAGUGGAGUAGGAUCCCCGUCGCCUCAUUCUACAUCAAGAGAAUGGGGCCGGAGAUUCUUCCGCCGGAAAGAACUUCGCCGCCUUCGGGAGAUUCAAAGAAAUUUGGAAGAUUUGGCGGCGGUUCAUGGCGGAGAGGUUUUCUUUCAAUAUACUCCUCGUAUUCAUCCAAAUCUAUCUCAGCUCAAAGAUAUGAAUAAGACAAGACUGCAUAUUCCAAUGAAAGAAGUUGACGCCCCCAUCUGCCGAUGUUCGACUGAGCCGGGUCAAUUUUUACAAAGAACCGGUCUCACUCCUCAAGAUAUAUUCUCCGCCCGACUCCCGGAGAUGCCUUCCGGCGGACUUGCUGUUCUCAGCAACGGUCUUGCAUUUGAUCUGCACCGGUUGUGUAAAACCAAUCCGGAGCAGGGUUCAGCGGUUGUAAAGUUUAUUUUUCAUUUCCUCGAGUUAAAUAUUCCUCCAGGUCUGUAUAAUCUAGCUGUUGAGGAAACACUAAAAAGUAUUGCGGAGAACCUGGAGUACAUCACUUCUUGUCAGGAUGAAAAGGAGAAGGAAACGUUUCUCUUUGCUCCCUUCCUGGUUCCCAAGGAGGUGUCGGAGAUUGGUUCCAUAGAAGAGGAGCUGGAGCAGGAGGAAGAUCUUUACCUCUCUAUUUCUCCGGAACCUUCUUUAACAAACUAUAAUCACUCAGUAUCGAGUUCUGGAGACGAGCCCCUGGUUGUACCAAACCAAUAUGUGGGAAUAAAGAUUGAGAAUGACGGCUAUGUUGAAACCUUUGAAAUCUCAACACUAGAAGACGUUAUCAGUGCUAAUGCAGAACUUACUCAUCUGGAGGAACCUAACAAUAUUAAGACUGAGGAACAAGAAGAGUUAACAUCAUAUCUCCAGGAUGGAUACGGUUUAAUUCAUUCCGAGGAUGGAGAUUUCUCGGUCACUGCAACCUUGCUAAGUUUACCGGAAGGAAUAGUGGACACUGACGGUACUGAGAUCGAACCCGAACCUCCAAAGCCUGUCAGGGUAUCAGAGUUAGAAUCCAUGAAGUCUCCGGGUUCCGAAGCAAAGAAAAGAUCUAGAACAAGAGAUGUUCAAAUACCAUCUAGGUUCAGAGAUUUUACUGCCGGGACUACUUCUAAGAGGAAAAAGCAAUAAUAUCUUGAUUGACCAGAAGCAGUUGAUAUACGUACAAAUUAAAAAUCGUCUUUUUUAAUUCUCAGUAGAAUAAAUGGAUUUUUAUUUUAA